CACAGAUUGUAAGGUGUAGAAUACAAAAUUACACAUGAAAUUAAAUCUUUCACGGUAGACAAAAGAUGGUACAACAAUAAAGAAUUUCCAUGCAAACAAAAGUAUCCUAGUAUAUUCACAAUAAAUGAAAGAAAUUAAUUGGCUAUAAAUUUACUACUUAUAACCGUCCUCGUAAUUAACUUUGAGAGUAGAAGGCUCUGUUUUUCUUACAAUGGCCCCAUCUAUAUAACUCUCUCUCUGCCUAACAGACCCCAUAACUGACCUCCCCUCUCUCUCUCUCUUUCUCUCUGCUUUCUUGGUAUGGCUGCUGACGUCAGCUCUCUCGUACGGAUACUGAGUAGGUUCAAGGAUGAUCGGACGGUUGUAAAAGAUUCCACCGGACCAAGAUCCACGGUGGCGCUCAUGACACGCGAUCUCCUCGGAAUCGGCGGUUGUGUGGGUGGAGGAGGAGGAGGAGACGAACAGUCGCUGGAGCUUGACCUUGACGUCCAAGUCCCUAACGGAUGGGAAAAACGUCUCGACUUAAAGUCAGGGAAAGUGUAUCUGCAACAACAAUGCAAUUCAACGAGCUCGUCAUCAUCGUCUCAUCAUCAUCAUCAUCAUCACGAAGACCAAACCAACCAAACAGUUCCAAGAUUUCAAGAUUUGAAUGUGCCACCGAUUUCCGAUAAGUUUCCGGCGAAACCAUUGUUAAGCCUCUUCGACGAUGACGACGACACAAGCCUUGAACUGAAGCUAGUUCCGUCUUCUAUCUCUCGUCCUCUUCCUCCUCCUCUGUCUUCUUUUUCUCCAAAUCAGUCUCUCUCGUAUCUAUCGAGUGUUUGCACACUAGAUAAGGUGAAAUUGGCUUUGGAAAGGGCGGAGAAAGAUACAAAGAAACGCCAAUCUCCUGAAGAUGACGGCGUUUACGAUGGAACCGCUUCUGCCACCGUCGCGGCGUCUCAGGUGGCGGCUGGAUGUCCAGGGUGCUUAUCGUACGUGUUUGUGGCAAAGAACAAUCCGAAAUGCCCGAGGUGUCAUUCGUUUGUUCCUUUGCCUGCCAUGAAGAAGCCUAAGAUUGAUCUUAACAUUUCGAUGUGAAAAAAACUUUGGGGGAUAGAAUUGAAUGGUUUUAUUUUGUAGGUUCGAUUUCUGUAAAUGAUAGAUAAAAUCAGGGGGUUUCAUUGAAAAGAAAUUAAAUGCAGAAAGGAAGAGAUGGAUGUUAUUUUGUAAAUUGUUAUGUAAUGGAUUUUCUCUGAUGAAUGAAUAGUUGAUCUUUAAUUAUUUGAAAAACGCUCUAAUUAAUUA